UCCACCUCGCUCUUAGAUCUUUUCCUUUUUGUGUUUGUAGGAGAGAGAGAGAGCUUUGAUCGCUUCGUUUACAGCAGCCAUGUCUCUGCUCACAGAUCUCGUCAACCUUAACCUUAGCAACACAACUGACAACAUCAUUGCCGAGUACAUAUGGAUAGGAGGAAGUGGUAUGGAUAUGCGAAGCAAAGCCAGGACUCUCACUGGUCCUGUCACUGAUCCCUCUAAGCUUCCCAAGUGGAAUUAUGAUGGUUCCAGCACAGGUCAAGCUCCUGGUGAGGACAGUGAAGUGAUCUUGUAUCCUCAAGCCAUCUUCAAGGAUCCAUUCAGGAGGGGCAACAACAUUCUUGUCAUGUGUGACUGCUAUACCCCAGCCGGAGAGCCAAUUCCCACCAACAAAAGGUUCAAUGCUGCUAAGAUAUUUAGCCAUCCUGCUGUUACUGCUGAAGUACCAUGGUAUGGAAUUGAGCAGGAAUACACCCUUCUGCAAAAGGAUGUCAAGUGGCCUCUUGGUUGGCCAGUUGGUGGGUUCCCUGGUCCUCAGGGACCCUACUACUGUGCUGCUGGGGCAGACAAAGCUUUUGGCCGAGACAUAGUUGAUGCUCAUUACAAAGCUUGUCUCUAUGCUGGUGUCAACAUCAGUGGCAUCAAUGGGGAAGUCAUGCCGGGUCAGUGGGAGUUUCAAGUUGGUCCUGCUGUUGGCAUCUCUGCUGGAGAUGAACUGUGGAUUGCUCGUUACAUUCUUGAGAGGAUCACUGAAAUUGCAGGUGUUGUUCUUUCUUUUGACCCAAAGCCAAUCCAGGGAGAUUGGAAUGGAGCUGGUGCUCACACAAACUACAGUACCCAGUCCAUGAGGAGUGAUGGAGGAUACGAAGUCAUCAAGAAGGCCAUCGAAAAGCUUGGCAAGAGGCACAAAGAGCAUAUUGCUGCAUACGGAGAAGGCAAUGAGCGCCGACUCACCGGGCGACAUGAGACUGCUGAUAUCAACACCUUCCUUUGGGGUGUUGCUAAUCGUGGAGCUUCCAUUCGAGUAGGCCGUGAGACAGAGAGAAAUGGGAAAGGUUAUUUCGAGGAUCGAAGGCCCGCAUCGAACAUGGAUCCAUAUAUUGUCACUUCCAUGAUUGCUGAGACCACCAUCCUCUGGGAACCAUGAGCAGUGGAGCAGCCAUGGAUCCUUAUAUUUCAGGGAACUCUGUGUUCUAAUGAAUUGUGUUUCAUUGGGAAGUCUCAUUUCUUUUCCUGUUAAGUAGGGAAGAAUAAACAUACUAAGAUCAUUGUGUAAUGUGCUGUGAAAGUCUGAAAUGGCUUUUCUAUCAGCUUUGCCUUUGCAAUGGAUUUCAGAAGAUAGGAUAUGAACUUCUAUGUUUGUGAUCAUAAUUUGUAAAAGGUUAUCAGAAGAAGUAUUUAGGGAAGUAGUGUUUCAACAUCUA